UUGGUUGGCGGCUGGUCCCAGCUUGUUUCGUGCUGGUUUUACCUUCAGACCUGACGGGGAGGGUGUGUGAGUGUGUGUGUGUUGUUUGUGUUUAAUCUGAUCUGUUUUGUGGGCUGGGCUGGGUGUAAGGAGGAAGUGUUUGCAAGAGAGCGCCAGUCACACACAAACACACACACAGUUGCUGCAGAGGAAACUAAAGGCACUCAUCGCGGUCUCUCUCCAAAACUGCUGGCGUCAGUCGCCCUGAGCCCGGGGGAGGUUGCUGUUCCCUGUCGUUUAACCUGACCAGCGUGGGCACGGUUCAAGGCCAGCGAGGGGCUGCCCAGCGGCGAGUGGUGCAAGUGGACUCGCUUGGAGGGAGUGGAGAAACGUGCAAUAAAUCUCUCUGAUCUGUGCAGUCGGCGCUGUGUGUCCAAACCAACCGUCUGGGUUCCUGAAUUGCAACACCAGUGACUACCCUUGGCAAGGCCCCUCACACCCGGUUGAGGGCGGGAUCAGUGAGGGCGUGAUGUCGGCCAAGCCCCCAGCCUACCUGAAGCGGGCCCACCGCAAGGGGAAGGUUUUGCGCACGGAUAUGAUCAGCUCGCCGCUGGGAGAUUUCCGCCACACCAUCCACAUUGGCAGCGGCGGAGCAGACGACAUCUUCGGCGACCUCUCGUUCCUCCGCGGCAAGCUGCACCUCCUUCCCGGACCGCACCGCGCCAACGCUGCCGCGCUGGCCCGCUCCUCCAGCCUGCAUGGGGCGAUACAGACCGGGGACCCAUUGCCGUCCUCAAUGGCUCGGAGGACCUCUAGCCUGAUGGGGGCUCGCCGGCUGGAGGACCCCUCGCUGGCGCAGAGACCGGCCUCUGGCCUACAGGGGGCGUGCCGGCUGGAGGAUUCCCCGGCGGAGCUGAAGGGCGCCAUUUCCCUACCCGCCAUGGGCCCCAAGAAAACCGCCUCGGAUGCACCUGGAACCCGGGAUGGGAUCCAACCCAGUCCCUGGUCAUGGCCCCUGUUCCAACAUUGGCUCCAGUCCCAACAUUGGCCCCUGUUCCAACAUUGGCUCCAGUCCCAACAUUGGCCCCUGUUCCAACAUUGGCUCCAAUCCCAACAUGGCUCCAGUCCCAACAUUGGCUCCAGUUCCAACAUUGGCUCCAGUUCCAACAUUGGCCCCAGUCCCAACAUUGGCCCCAACAUUGGGUCCAGUCCCAACAUUGGCCCCAGUUCCAACAUUGGCCCCUGUUCCAACAUUGGCCCCAGUUCCAACAUUGGCUCCAGUCCCAACAUUGGCCCCAGUUCCAACAUUGGCCCCAGUCCCAACAUUGGCCCCUGUUCCAACAUUGGCCCCAGUUCCAACACUGGUCCCAGCUCCGACACCAGACCCAACCCCCGCGUCCCAGUUUCUGGCCCCUGCCCCGCCCCCGUUCUUGCCUCCAGCCCAGUCCCCUGCCCCGGCCCAGCUGAGGCCUUUCUGCCCCACGCCGUCUCCAUGCUGUCCCUCCAGCUGGACCUGGGCCCCUCCAUCCUGGACGAUAUCCUGCUGGUGAUGGAUGGGACGGGUCCUGCUCCCAGUAGGAGGAGGCCCGGGGGGUGGGGGGAGCGAGACGGACCCCUGAGCGACCCCUGAACCUCCCCCCCCCCGAGACUAGCCUGUGACCCCUGACAAGGGGGAGAGACAUUUGACCCCAGCAGUGAGAUCGACCCCCGAACUCAAUCAGGGUCACCUGCCCCCCAGCAAGGGGGAGAAUAACCCAUGACACCCAGGAAACAUAGAAAUUAGGUGCAGGAGUAGAGGCCAUUCGGCCCUUCGAGCCAGCACCGGCAUUCAAUUUGAUCAUGGCUGAUCAUCCAACUCAGUAUCCCAUCCCUGCCUUCUCUCCAUACCCCCUGAUCCCUUUAGCCACAAGGGCCACAUCUAACUCCCUCUUAAAUAUAGCCAAUGAACUGGCCUCAACUACCCUCUGUGGCAGAGAGUUCCACAGAUUCACCACUCUCUGUGUGUGAAAAAAAAUCUCGGUCCGAAAAGAUUCCCCCUUAUCCUUAAACUGUGUGUGUGGCCCCUUGUUCUGGACUUCCCCAACAUCGGGAACAAUCUUCCUGCAUCUAGCCUGUCCAACCCCUUAAGAAUUUUGUAAGUUUCUAUAAGAUCCCCCCUCAAUCUCCUAUAUUCUAGAGAGUAUAAACCACGUCUAUCCAGUCUUUCUUCAUAAGACAGUCCUGACAUCCCAGGAAUCAGUCUGGUGAACCUUCUCUGUACUCCCUCUAUGGCAAGAAUGUCCUUCCUCAGAUUAGGAGACCAAAACUGUACGCAAUACUCCAGGUGUGGUCUCACCAAGACCCUGUACAACUGCAGUAGAACCUCCCUGCUCCUAGACUGGACUUCCCUAACAUCGGGAACAAUCUUCCUGCAUCUAGCCUGUCCAACCCCUUAAGAAUUUUGUAAGUUUCUAUAAGAUCCCCCCUCGAUUUUCUAAAUUCUAGCGAGUACAAGCUGUGUGCUUAAACUGUGUGACCCCUUGCUCUCAUCCUGAUCCCAUCUCUGAUCCUCGACCCCCAAUCCUAUCCCCUUGGCCCUGAUUCCGACACGGACCGCUCUCCUGUCUCCCUUGCCUCUCGGAAAUCACCCCCCUCUCCCCCCGUAUCAUUCAGACAAACCGGGCUGCUGUCAAGCUGGCGAUGAGACUCUGGGACUUGCCCCGUUCAGGGACCAUCAGAGACUCCAUGACUGGAGGGACCAUCUCCCCAACGAACACUGAGACUGUCUGACGAGAAAUGGUGACACCCUCCAGAUUCAUCGCCUGCUCUCCAAAAUGGACUCCAACGGCGACUUUUUAACGUCGGAAGGAGCUGGGCAAAGCUGUCCGCGGUAACCAACAAGUUACAGUAAA